AUGGCUGUCGAUAUUCAACCAGCAUGCCUUGGACUUUACUGUGGGAAGACCCUGUUGUUUAAAAAUGGCUCAACUGAACUAUAUGGAGAAUGUGGGGUGUGUCCAAGAGGCCAGAGAACAAACGCACAGAAAUACUGUCAGCCUUGCACGGAGUCUCCAGAGCUCUAUGAUUGGCUCUAUCUCGGAUUCAUGGCUAUGCUUCCUCUUGUUUUGCAUUGGUUCUUCAUUGAAUGGUACUCGGGGAAAAAGAGUUCCAGUGCACUUUUCCAGCACAUCACCGCAUUAUUUGAAUGCAGCAUGGCAGCUAUCAUCACCUUACUUGUGAGUGAUCCAGUCGGUGUUCUUUAUAUCCGUUCAUGCCGAGUAUUGAUGCUUUCUGAUUGGUACACGAUGCUUUACAACCCAAGUCCAGAUUAUGUCACCACUGUGCACUGUACUCAUGAAGCUGUCUACCCACUCUACACCAUUGUAUUUAUCUACUAUGCGUUCUGCUUGGUGUUAAUGAUGCUGCUCCGCCCCCUGCUGGUGAAGAAGAUUGCCUGUGGGCUAGGGAAGUCGGAUCGAUUUAAGAGUAUUUAUGCUGCACUUUAUUUCUUCCCCAUCCUAACCGUGCUUCAGGCAGUUGGCGGAGGCCUUCUAUAUUACGCCUUCCCAUACAUUAUAUUGGUGUUAUCUUUGGUUACUCUGGCUGUGUACAUGUCGGCUUCUGAAAUAGAGAACUGCUAUGAUCUUCUAGUCCGGAAGAAAAGACUCAUUGUUCUCUUCAGCCACUGGCUACUUCAUGCUUACGGGAUCAUCUCCAUCUCCAGAGUGGACAAACUCGAGCAAGACUUACCCCUGUUGGCUCUGGUACCCACGCCAGCCCUGUUUUACCUGUUCACAGCCAAGUUUACCGAACCUUCACGGAUACUCUCGGAAGGAGCCAAUGGACACUGA